CUUCCUGUCAGCGACACAUGUAGAACAAGCAGCUAACGGGACCCAGAGAGCACACUGGAGGACAGUCAAUUACAGCCUCUCUGCCAGCCUCGUUCUCACCUUUCUUUUACCAAAACACGCAUUUCUCCAUUUGAGGGAAUUAUGGCAUGCGUAGACAUCUAAUUACGUCUUGCAAUGGACUCCUUUUGUUCCAGCGAAAAAAAGAGCACUAAAGCAGCAACAGUAAAACGGGAGCCAUCCGGUGGAAAUACUAUCUGAUAACUCCAUUUGCUCUGCACUCCGCUCGUUGCCAGUGAAUACCCGAGCUCAAGUCCUCGCUGAGGUUGGCAGUCGCUCGGAGCUGGAGGCCGACCCCGCGCGAUAGUGCGCCCGCGUUUUACCUGUACUUUUUUGGGACUGUUGUCGCCUACCUGUUUACCUACCUACACUUCAAGUCAUUAACUUUCCAGCCAUUACACUUAAAAGAGACAAACGAGGGACAAUGGUGAAUCCCGGAGGCAGCAGCCAGCCACCACCGGUGGGCACAGGUUCUCUGUCCUGGAAGCGGUGUGCAGGCUGCGGGGGCAAGAUCGCAGACCGUUUCCUCCUUUACACCAUGGACAGCUACUGGCACAGCCGAUGCCUCAAGUGCUCCUGCUGCCAGGCCCAGCUGGGCGAAAUCGGCACAUCGUGCUACACAAAAAGUGGCAUGAUCCUCUGUAGAAAUGACUAUAUCAGGUUAUUUGGAAACAGUGGAGCUUGCAGCGCUUGUGGACAAUCCAUUCCAGCCAGUGAACUGGUGAUGAGGGCACAGGGCAACGUGUACCACCUCAAGUGUUUCACAUGUUCCACCUGCCGGAACCGGCUCGUCCCCGGGGAUCGGUUCCACUACAUCAACGGCAGCCUGUUCUGCGAACACGACAGACCCACAGCACUCAUCAACGGCCAUUUGAGUUCACUGCAGACGAACCCACUACUGCCCGACCAGAAGGUGUGUUAGGCGGGAGCAGUGCAGGAAGCAGGAUGUGUGCCUUCAUUUUAGCCCUUACUCAUUGUCACCCGAGACAACGUGGAUCAGCAGCACCCCAGCCUUUUAGCUGUGCACCCAGGCCCUCUGCCCUGAAGGAAUCCUCCACCCAUCUUACCAGUAACCUGACUUUUAUUUCUGCCACACAUGUCCAACGCUCAGCCUUCAACCUCGGCUUUUCCCCAAAUAUGGGUGGAUACUUGCACUUAACGCACCUGAAUCGGGACACUGAGGACUCCAUGACCUUGGAAUAAAUUUUAAAAAAGGAGACUGAUCAGAAUCCAAGGGGACUCUUCAGGAAGAGAAAAUAAAAUAAGACACAAGAGGAUGUUGUGACUGAAGUGAGGGAAGAGAAAAAGACUAGAUUGAAGAUGAGGUUAAAAACAUGCAGACUUUUAACUCUGCAUAUUUGUUUAAAGACAUUUGGGGGGAAACCGGGACCUUUUCAUUUUUCCUCUCUUCCUUUUCUAUUCUUAUUUCCCUACAACAUGGUGUUUCCACUUUAUAUAUUUUAAGUGUUGUCAAAGGGGAAUGUGUUUUUUUUCUUUUGUCAAAUAUAUAUAUAAAAAGAUGGGGUUUUAAAAAAAAAAUCUGUGGCUUUUUGUGGAAUACAAAUCAUGAACACUCUCUUGGUGUAUUUAUAAAACUACCAUGUAUGUACAGUAUGCAUGUAAAUGUUGUUGUCCAGGCGUGGCUACAGUACAUCUGACCCUCCGCACCCAGCUCCAUUCUUCCCUCCUCCCCUCGAAACCUGAACCCAUGGCAAACUGAAGAAAUUUGCUCAUAGUCAGUAAUGUAGAGAUCAUCACCAACAUAUAAAUGCUGAAUGAAAGAGAAAUUUAUUUGUGAUAUUUUCCGAGACAUUUGCUCCAGUAUGGUGUAUUUAAUUAAUAAAAAUAUUAAACAUU